GUCAACUUUAUCAACUAAGCCAUUGACAACAACUCUAACAGCCAGCAAGACCUCUGGGCUGUCAUCCUUGACUGCAGGCUCCACCCUUCUGUCACAUGGCUCCACCUCUUCAAUUGGCUCCUCCCUGCUGAACAAAAGAUUGACAGCUGGUUCCACCCACAUGGGUAUAACCAAGGUUACACUUCAGUCUUCACUGACUGGUCCCUUAUCCAAUCUAAAGAGUUCAUUACUCAGCACCCUUGACCAGACAAGCGAUAAGGUCUCUACAACAACAAAACGUGUGGGUAAACCUAGUGCGAAAAAGGGCAGGAAGAAGGUGAGGCUGGCCAAGUAUGAGGCUCCGCCCCCUGAGUAUGAUUUUACCAAUGAGCUUCCGAGGGUGAAGAAAAUGAAGGUGGCCAAGUUUACUCCACCCACGUUAGAUCGCACGCUGAUGGCAGGUGCUAAGGUGCAUGAUGUUAAUGGAAUCAAGUUUGGCCUGGUAAAUGCUGUCAGUGGGUCGCUGAUAUGCCAGCCCAAUUUCCGCUUGGGUACGGACCUGACAAGGGUGACCUUGGUAACAAUGGCUGACCAGGUCAUCUGUUAUGACCCAGAGUUCAUUCUCAAGCUUGCCCUGUACAGUAGGAAACAGCUCAACAUUCGUACGACCAGCAACUUCCUGUUGGCUCUGGCCUCCCACAUGCCGGCCUGUCGGCCAUACCUGAAGAAGUACUUCAGUGCGGCCAUCGCCUUGCCAUCAGACUGGAUCGAGGUGGCGGAGAUAUAUUCGGCAUUCCCAGAGAAGACACUCCCCCUGGGCUCACUGCCAUCGGCUCUGAGGAAAGCCAUGGUGACAAAGUUCCCCGACUUCGAUAAAUAUCAGCUAGCAAAGUACAACAAAGAGAGCUCUCAGAAGAAGAAGAAGAAGAAGCAGAAGAAAUUAGAAGAAGGAAAAACCAACGACCCAGAGUCAUCGGCCCCAACACGUGGCAGAGGUCGUGGUAGAGGUCGUGGCAGAGGUCGAGGCAGAGGUGGGCCCACUUUUGAGCCAGGAACCGGACGUUCCAUACUGGAGGAGAAGGGAUUGUUUGACUCGGAUACAGACAGUGACACAUCUGACUCUGAUGAGGAAUACAAAAAACAUAAGAAAGAACAGGAUGCAGGCAUCGUGUUUGACGAGGGAGAGAGUCCCGAGCAGCUCCAGAAGGCCAGUUUUACCCUGAAGCAGCUCAUCCGUAAACUGCACAUCACAGAGCCGGUGGAACACGUCAUGUGCCUCAUAGGGAAAAAAUACCCAGCUACAAUGGAUGAGUUCUACCGUAGUCGUCUGCCCGGAACGUUUGAGGGGGAGAGGGCGGGAAAGCGUAUGAAACUUCCCAUACCUGAGACCUGGGAGACGCAGGUGUCCUUGAAGGGGAACAAGGCAAAAACAUGGGAAGAACUGCUGGACCACAAGAAGCUUCCAUUCAUGGCGAUGUUGCGAAACCUGCGUAACCUGAUAAAGGCAGGCAUAUCCCACAAGCAUCACACAGGGGUCAUACGACGACUCACUGACGAGAAACAAGUCAUAAACAGCAAGCAAUUUCCAUUCAGAUUUUUCUCUGCCUACGAAGUUUUGGAACAACUGUUACUGGAAUAUGAAAAAUCCCAAGCAGCAAUUGUCCAGGCAGCUGUAGAGGAGACCAGUACAGGGGGGACCCCCUCAAGCUCAGCCCCCAGGGGGUCAGGCAGGGGGAGGGGCAGGGGCAGAGGGAGGGGCAGAGGGGGCGGUGCUGGGGAAGGAGGGGCUAAGAAGGAGAAGCUGACAGCUGAAAACUGGUGGGCAGUGAAACAGAAGAGAAAGAAGGAGAAGGGUUCCAAGCCAAAGGAGACACCAUUUGAUAAUGGGCUGAUCAAUCGCUACCGCAAGGCCCUAGACACAGCAGUAAAGAUAGCCACGGUGUACAAUGUCCAGCCCAUACGAGGUCGCACAGUGAUCCUGUGUGACGUUGGACCCAACAUGACCGUGCCUUGUACAACGGCCAAGGGUUUUGGCAAACCUAGAACUAUGCGUGAAGUGAGUGUCUUGCUAGGCCUGAUGUGCAAGUAUUCCUGUGAGGAGAGCGUCCUGGUUGCCUUCAGUAGCUCAGAGUCACGUUACAUCAUCGUGGACCUUGACCCCGGCACCAUCCUGGAAAACAUGGCCGCCGUUCUAGGAGCGGACCUCUCACAAGGCGUGCCUGGAAAGUUUGAGGAGGGCCUACCUAUGGAUAUCCUGUACGACCAUUUACGAGACAGAAUUCAGAUUGACAACCUGCUGCUGCUGACGGGUGGCGGUUCCAGUGUACUGGCACAGCGCCGCACGGUGAGCGCCGUCCUUGACCUAUACCGGCGCAUCGUGAACCCUGACCUUCUCUAUGUUAAUGUCGGCUUUGCUGGGAAAACAUGCGGGUUUGACACAGACAUCAGGCCAGAGCAUCCCAACAACAUCUACAUCACCGGCUUCAGUGACCAGAUACUCAGGUUCAUAGCCGAGCGAGGUGAUGGGGGACAACUCCGCCACAUUGAGAUGAUUGACGAGGCGUUCCAGCUGAGUUCCCUGCCCAUGUUGCCUGGCAACAGGCCUGUCCCGCCCAGACUGGCACCAGAACGUAUGCUGCAGCUCCCGUCACACAUACCCAGAUGGCGUACAGCCCGGGUAUUUAUAUCGUCCACAUUCCGAGACAUGCACGGUGAGAGAGACCUACUGACAAGGUUUGUGUUCCCAGAGUUACGUGCCCUUUGCAAGCAACGCUUUAUCAACGUUCACGAGGUUGACCUUCGCUGGGGCGUGACAGAGGAAGAAACCAGGAAUGCUAAGACUCUAGAGCUGUGCCUGACAGAGAUCCAGAAGUGUCAGUUCUUCCUGGGUAUCCUAGGUAACAGGUACGGCUGGGUACCGGACCAGUACAUGGUACCGGACACAGACCAGUUUGCCUGGGUGCAGGACUACCCCACAGGACGGUCCGUGACAGAGCUGGAGAUGCAGGCCGGAGCGCUGGGGCUGCUUCCUGGACAGGACAUGAGGGCUCGUGCAUUCUUCUAUAUUCGGGACGACACAUUCCUCAGUGAUGUCCCGAAAGCCUUCCUGGAAGACUUUGUUGACAAGUCUGACUCGAGCCUAUACAACAUGGCACAGCUGAAGAAUAGGAUCCGGACCAGUGGCCUUGAACUGUUUGACAACUACCCAUGUAACUGGGGCGGGGUAGUGGAGGGGAAGCCCAUGGUUGCUGGGCUCGACCAGUUUGGAGCCCGAGCUCUCAACAACCUCUGGCUUGGCAUACAGAAUGAGAACCCGGAGGAGGCGGCCAUGUUGGAUGAACACACCCACUGCACGGGCCUUCACGACAGUUAUGUGCACCAACAGAGGGCGCUGUUUGUUGGACGCACCAAGCUACGUAAGGAGUGCCUCAAACUUCUGUCCGAGAUGAAGUCUGGGGUUGUGUGCCUCGCUGGGAAACCAGGCUCCGGGAAAUCUGCUCUUUUAGCAAGUCUGAUACAUGAGUACCAGGCUCUCAAGAUGUGUGACAGCAGCCUUACGAUUCUCACGCACUUUGUGGGUGCUGCGCCGGGGUCCACCAACAUCCUCGCAACACUGUGCAGGCUCUGUCACGAACUGAACGCACGCUUUUCCUUGCAGAUGGAAGUACCAGAGGACUUUAAGAAUAUUGUGCCACGGUUUGAGGAGAUGUUGACAGAAGCUGCCACCUACAGUGGUUCCCCUGUUGUGCUCUUCUUGGAUGGAUUUGAUGGAAUGGACCCUGCCCACCUGCCUCAUAAUCUUGACUGGCUGCCAGAAACAAGUAUCAAGAAUGUUGUCAUAGUGAUGACCUGUCAGACAGAGGGCAAGGUGCACAAGUCAUUACUGAAACGCAGCCCGAGGGAGCUGGUAGUGGAGGCACUGGACAUGUGGGACAAGUCGGAAGUUGUCAGGCGUCACCUGGCCACACACCGUAAGGCCCUCGAUGAGUCACCUUUCAACAAUCAGAUGAAGCUGCUGGUGUCUAAGAAGGAAGCCAAUGUCCCACUGUACCUGAGUCUGGCCUGUGAGGAACUCAGAGUCUAUGGACUCUUUGAUAAGAUGACAGCCAAGCUGAAGUCAUUGCCACAGACGGUUCCGUUGUUGCUACAGGAAGUGAUGUCACGGAUAGAGACCGAUAUUGGCAGGGAGCUUGUGGCCACCUCUUUGUCAUUGCUAGUUAUUGCUAGAGAUGGCCUUACCAUAGGAGAGCUUCACGACCUGUUGACUCUGCAAGUGUCGCUUGGCAACGAGAGGCCUAAGGUGAUGGACAUUGUCAAUAUAGAGCCUGGACCAGGCAACCGUCUGCCGUCCGUCCGUCUAGCGUUUCUGCAGAGGGCUCUGCAGGGAUUCCUCAACUCUGGACAGGAAGAGUCUGGUACCCUAUCAUUGGCUCAUGCUGACAUAAUGAAUGCAGUCAGGAACCGGUACUUGAAGGGAGCUGUUGCUGUGGAAACUGAACUAUUCCUGCACAGGCUUUUAGCAGGCUAUUUCUACACACAAGCAGACCCAACUCGUAACAGAACCUGGGUAGGAAAGUCCAGGCGAGCCUUUAAAGAACUCACUUACCAUCUGGCAAAAGGUGGUUGUUACUUAGAAUUGGAGGAGGUGGUGUGUAACCUACAGUUUGUGCACAACAAGUGUAUGUUGGGACUGGCUACUAGUCUAAUUGAAGACUACCAGUCUGUAGAGAUCAACAUGAAGACAAUGGAACGUGAGCAGGCCAAGUUUCUGGAGAAGCCUCGGGUCCGUGAUUACAAGUCCUUCAUUGCUCGCAAUCUGCAUGUGCUCUCUAGUUACCCGGCUCUGACCUGGCAGCAAGCCUUCAACGAGAUUGAUGACUCCGCAGUCCUAACAGAAGUCCGCGCGCUCAUGGACUCAGCGGAUGUGUCGCAUGAGAUCAAAUCCCUUGUUCAGUGGACCAGUAAGCCAGCGAUGGAAGACCCUUGCUACCUCAUUAUUCCCAAUCUGCCACAGGCCAUGACCUGUGUAGCGGUCUCACCGGACAACCAGCUCUUUGCAUGUGGAGGAUUUAACUGCCUCAUUCACCUGUAUGACAUCAACACCGGCAAGGAAGUGCGCAGUUUUCGAGGUCACGCUGACACAAUCACUGACGUGUGUUUUGUUGGGAAGAACAAACUGUGCAGUGUUUCCAUGGAUACCACUGUCAGUGUGUGGGAUGUCAAUGAUGGACAUAGAUUGUUCACACCGAAAGGUCACCAGAGACGUGUGAACUCAUGCACGUCAGACGUCCUUGGUAACAUCUUGGCUACUGCCUCCUGGGAUUGCACCCUCAAGAUCUGGGGCAUGGGGCGGGGGGACCUGAUGUGUGAGUUCAAAGUGGGCAGCCCAGUGAAUUGUGUGAGCUUCCACCACGAGGGUCAGAAGAUCGUGUCAGGUCAGUGGGACAGCACCAUCAAGAUUUGGGACGUCUUCCACAAGACCAAAAUUGCUGUUCUAAGAGGUCACAAGUCAUCAGUGAGGGACGUUGCCUAUUCCCCCAAUGGCCGCCAUAUUGCCUCUGCAGCGCUGGAUGGGGAUGUGAAACUGUGGGCCGCAGACAGUGGGGCUCAGGUUGGAAAUAUCAAGGGUCAUGCUCUGCCGAUCAACAAGCUGACCUUCUCUCCGUCCGGCGGUCAGCUGAUCACAGUUAGCGACGACCACAAAGUCAAGGUCUGGUCGGGUCACCUAGGCAAGCCUCUACAAGUGAUAGGGGACCAGGAAUGUGGACCAGCCGUAUCCAUAGCAAUAUCUCCACAGCGUGACAUGGUUGCCAUUGGUUACCAUUCUGGGGUCAUAGCCGUACAUGACACUGUCUCUGGUGCAAAAGUUUGUUCCCGUCAAGUUUACUCGGCGUCUGUGCGUUGUCUGCAUUACAUCGGCACCAACCAUCUGCUGUCUGGAUCAGACGACACAUUUGCCAAGAUCCUGUCUAUCAAUCUGAGUGACUCCAAAGUGAUCACAGGACACCUGAAGGGCAUCAUGUCCCUCGCUGUUUGCAGAGACUACUUUGCACUCGCCUCCGAAGAUUGCACGUGCUCGCUGUAUGACAACCCCUUCAAAUACACAGGAAAACCCAACUUCAGCAGCGUGAGACGUCUAGUGACCCUUGGCACUCACACAGGGCCUGUAACCAGCUGUAGUUUCAACAAGCUGGGAACCAGGCUGGCAACAGGAAGUAGAGACAUGUCAUUGAGGAUCUGGGAUGUUCUAGACGUUUUGUUAAACCCUGACAGUCCCGUGCCACUACAUGUAAUACACCAGUGCCAUCAGGACUGGAUCACAGACUGCCGUUGGUCAAACAUGGCGGACACCAUAGUUACCAGCGCCAAUGACUUCAACCUGAAGGUGUGGGAUGUGUCCAAGAUUGGAAACACGCCCGGGCAGACCCUGAGGGACUCCACCGGACCCAAUAUUGCCAAGGAGAAAUACUGCCUUACCGGCCAUUCAGCGUCGGUCAAUCAGAUUGGCUACAGUUAUGGGUGUGUGGUGUCGACAUGUGCAGACGGCUCUGUGAAGAUGUGGUCUCACCGGGGUGUGGAGAUCACCACUCUGUAUGGGCACACUCAACGGGUGCUGGGGUGUGACAUCUAUGUCGAGGUGGCGGGCGAAACAGAAGAACCAGCCUGA